CGAUAGGCGGGGCUCCCGGGCAGUUACUUGAGCGAGGCUUGGGGUAACGCAGCUUCACAAAACCCCGCCAAAGCUACCUUCAGAACUGGCAGCUUCCAAGGUCCGCUGGAUCCUGCGCUGGAAUCUUUGGCUCCGCAGGAACGUCGCGCCCGCCGGGAGGCCCAAGCGGUGGCUGCAAACGAUGGCGACCCAGGUGGAUGGGGAGAGUCCCAAAGACAAAGGGGGCACCCCCCAAUCCGCAGCCGUGACCGCCGGCAUCAUCGUCAUCGGAGACGAGAUCUUAAAGGGAUUCACACAAGAUACCAAUUCUUUUUACAUGUGCCAGAAACUCCGCUCGCUGGGGGUGAAGGUGGCCAAGAUCUCUGUGGUGCCCGACCAGGUGGAGGCCAUAGCCACCGAGGUGAAAUCUUUUGCUGACACGUUCACGUACGUUUUGACGUCAGGAGGCAUUGGCCCCACGCACGACGAUGUCACCUUUGAAGCGGUGGCAAAAGCCUUCGGGGAGAAAAUCCAACCGCAUCCGGAGAUGGUGGAGCUGGUCAAGAAAUUUUUCGGCCAGCAGUCCAAGCCCGAAAGCCCUAAGAUGAAGCUGGCUUGCGUCCCCGAAUCGUCUCUUCUCAAUUACGGGGUGGACGAGAAGACGGGACGUACCCUCCCGUACCCGCUCAUCAGUGUCCGGAAUGUCUAUAUUUUCCCAGGGAUCCCCUCGUUAAUGAAACGGGCCCUGGACGGUCUCGAACAUCUCUUCCGGAACGAGAAGACCCAGUUUUACAUGCGGGAGAUCUACGUCAAUGUGGAAGAAACGCGGAUCGCCUCGGUGCUGAACGACACCAACGGCAAAUUCUGGCCUCGCACCAACCUGGGCUCGUACCCGGAUUGGGUCAGCAACUACCACCGAGUGAAGCUGAUCCUGGACUCGGAUUCGGAGGCUGACCUGGACGAGGCGCACGCUUUCCUGAUGGCGAACUUGCCCCAUGGGGUGGUGGUACCUUUGAUAGCGGAUCCGGUCUCCCGGGCCUCUCCGGAUGUCUACGGUUUGGCUGAGUCCGGUUCUCCUCUUGGCCAGAAGGUGGCAGCGUCACUCAGGACCAUCGAAGAAGGCUUGGAGAACUACAGUCUCUCCAAAAUCUGCGUUGGUUUUAACGGCGGGAAGGAUUGCACCGCCUUGUUACACCUCUCUUACGCCGCCGUGCAAAGGCGAUAUCCCGAGAAAUUGAAGCAGCUGCAGGUUCUCUACAUCCGUACCGUCCUUCCUUUCCCCGAGAUGGAAGAAUUUAUUCAAGAGACGUCUCGGAGGUACAACCUUCACAUUUGUGUGGUCCAUGGGAAUAUCAAAGAAGCUUUGGGGAUCCUGAAGGGACAGCAGCCGGAUCUGGAGGCCGUGCUGAUGGGCACCCGCCGGACGGACCCUUAUUCCCGCUCCCUGAAACCCUUCUGUAUGACGGACCCCGAAUGGCCACAGUACAUGCGUGUCUGCCCUCUGCUGGACUGGACUUACCACGAUAUAUGGCGUUUCCUUCGCAGUCUUUAUAUCCCUUAUUGCAUUCUCUACGACAAGGGUUACACCUCGCUGGGGAGCAUGAGUAAUACCCACAAAAACCAAGCGUUGCGUUACAGAAACGCACAAGGCCAAGAAUCCUACCGGCCGGCUUACGAGUUGGAAGACGAGAAAGAAGAACGCAUCUGUCGCCAUUGAAACCCCGGAUCGCGUCUGUAGCCAGCAAUGCUGGUUUAAGCAAGGCCUGGGGGGAAAGAAGUGAACUUUUCAAAGGAAGUUUUAUCGGCGUCGUAAAACGGAACGCGUGGGUGAGGGGCCGUCCUUGGAUUGGCCUAGUCCUGUUGGCAUCUUUCGAACUGCGGAUCGUACGCCACAAACAGAGCGUGUUUCUGAUAUUUUCCAUUUUCUGUGUUGGAAUAAAAAAUUGGGUGUUUCCCCCCCCCCCCAAUUCU